ACGUAUUCAUCCCUGGUCAUUUCGUUUAUCUGCGAAAUUCUUUUUGUUGUGGAUUAGACGAAAGUUAUUGCCAUGUGCAGCAUUGGUGAAGAUGAUUUUGGAGACGAUGGCGCCGCCCACGCCAUGGUGGUUGAAUCCCUACCAUUAGGAAUCGUCCUCAGUCCAGGGAAUUGCAGCAAAUGCGAUGUAAACUCCGGCGAGCUCUACAAACUCAACUUCCGUACUGCGGAGUGCCGAGAAUGCUUUCUAGCGUAUGCGAGGCACAAGUUUCGCGCUGCUCUGGGAGCAGCCAAGAUCCUGCCCAGAAACGCCGAGGUGCUCCUUGUCUUGGACGGAUCCGCGGAGUCGCUCGUGUUGCUCGACAUGUUACACUUCGCACAAACACAGAACACUUUCAAAAGACUUCAUUGCAAUGCACGUGUGGUCUACGUGGAGGAGCAGCAAGUGCAAGGGCGCGAUCCUGUGCUCUUGGAAGCUCUGCAGAACUUAUCAACACAAUACGCACCGUUCGAUUUCUAUGUGAUUGAACUGGGUGCCUUGCCCAGCUCCAUGCAGCGGAUCAAGGAUUAUAGUCCUUCUCUCAACGCAAACAACGAGCUUAUCCACAAGCUUCAGAAACUGCGAAGUCUGACAGCGCGCCAGGAUUACCUCCAGCAACAGCGCAAGAACCUGAUCUGCUCCGUGGCUCAGUGUCUGCGAUCUACACACGUCUUCGAAUCUAAUAUAAGUGUUGACUUAGCCACCCAGCUGCUUACUGCAAUAGCGCUAGGUCGUGGCGGUAGUGCCGCCUUGGAUGUGGCUCUCCUCGACGAUCGGCUGUCUGGAGAUGUUAAGCUGCUGCGACCUCUCAAGGACCUAAAUGAGCAGGAGAUUCAAUUUUACAUACAUGCACAGCGACUAAAGCCACUGUUCCAAAAAGGCUCAUGUUUUGGGAGGGAGCAUGGACAGACUGCCAGCUUACAGAACCUUACAUCAGCCUUUGUGGCCAAUCUUCAGCAAAACUAUGCCUCCACAGUAUCCACAGUGUUCCGAACUGGCGACAAAAUAGCUGCCAAUUCCAAUCCAGAGCAGUCCUCUUGUGUUCACUGCCGAUCUACGCUGGACUCCGAACUAUCCGACACUCUGCUGGCUAUUGAGUACUCCAGAUCUGUUUCAGAGGCCGGCGUAAGCCUGUACAAAAGCGGACAUGAUCUCGAGGGCUUGGCCAAGAAGAGACUAGAGAACAAGGAUGGUUUGUGCCACGCAUGCCGCGCCAUACAGGCCGAGUUGGAUAGUGGUAACUUGUUGUAGGGCAAGAGGAAAUAUAUAUUUUUUCUAUUAAAACUAUAUUCUUUUACUACAA